AUGAACACCCAAGAAAAGAAGUCAUCUUAUGGGUACAAGUUCUCUUACUCAGGAUUGUUCUACUACUUCAUUUUAACUAUAAUAGUUAUUUAUGGCCUUUAUAAGUUAUUCACAGGUCAUGGUACAGACAUCAACUUCGGUAAAUUCCUAGAGAGAACAUCUCCUUAUAUGUGGGCUAAUUUAGGGAUUGCUCUAUGUAUAGGGUUGAGUGUUGUCGGUGCCGCAUGGGGUAUCUUUAUUACUGGGUCUUCUAUUAUCGGUGCAGGUGUACGUGCCCCAAGAAUUACUACUAAGAAUUUGAUCUCUAUUAUUUUCUGUGAAGUGGUUGCCAUUUAUGGUCUUAUCAUCUCCAUUGUGUUCUCUUCUAAAUUAACGGUUGCCUCUGCUGCAACUUUAUAUUCCAAAUCCAACCUAUACACUGGUUAUUCCUUAUUUUGGGCAGGUAUCACCGUGGGAGCCUCAAACUUAAUCUGUGGUGUUGCCGUUGGUAUUACUGGGGCCACUGCUGCAGUUUCAGAUGCCGCUGAUUCUGCACUGUUCGUGAAGAUUUUAGUCAUUGAAAUUUUCGGUUCGAUUCUAGGGCUAUUAGGACUGAUUGUUGGUUUAUUAAUGGCUGGUAAGGCUGUUGAUUUUGCUUAA